UGCCGCCGCGCAUGCGCAGGGCUACAUCCAGCAGCUUGUGUCAAAACACAGAGAAACCAGCAGCGCUAAAUCCACAGCUUUAUCUCUAUUAUUUGGAAAGUAUUUGUCAACACAAAGUCAUUUACAUCUAAGUCAGCGUACCAUGACCGAACAAUCAGCAUUACUUCUCCGAAAACAACUGGCAGAGCUCAACAAGAACCCAGUGGAGGGCUUUUCAGCUGGUCUGAUAGACGACGAUGACAUUUAUAAAUGGGAAGUCGUGAUCAUCGGUCCACAAGAUACCCUUUUUGAAGGCGGGUUUUUCAAAGCAUACCUCACCUUUCCCUAUGAUUAUCCUCUACGGCCUCCAAAGAUGAAGUUCAUCACUGAGAUCUGGCACCCAAACGUUGCAAAGAACGGGGAUGUUUGCAUCUCGAUUCUUCACGAGCCCGGCGAGGAUAAGUUUGGUUACGAGAAGCCGGAGGAGCGCUGGUUACCGAUCCAUACCGUCGAGACAAUCAUGAUCAGUGUGAUCUCCAUGCUGGCAGACCCCAACAGCGACUCGCCGGCCAACGUGGACGCAGCGAAAGAGUGGAGGGAGGACCCUAACGGAGAAUUCAAGAGGAAGGUGGCUCGCUGCGUAAGAAAAAGUCAAGAGAUGGCUUUUGAUUAGGAAUCCAUUUAAAUUCCAGGGGAAUGCCUUCAGAGGGAAGAUUCAGCAGGCUUUUGCACCCCUUGUUUUGCCAGAGGAAGGAACCGGUUGGCUUCAAACACGUUUCUGUGAACGGUUUCAUUUUCCGCCAGACGAGCCAAUUUGAGAAACCCUACCAGCGAAAUUAACCCAUUUCCUACUUGGAAUUGUAUAUUUAAUUUUAUUUAUUUUGAACAAAUUAAUGAUGUAAGAUAUGUCACUACUGUAAAUUAACUUGCUUUUUUAUCUGCUGCUGAACAGUUUCUACUUUGUACCAGGUUUCUUAUGCAAUUCAGUGGUCAAGAUUGUGUCAAAACUAUAAAACCCCAUCACCAGAUUAACGUCGCCCAACGAAUCCCUGUCAAUAUUUCUGAUUAUUUUCCACACCGUCUUUGAAUCACUGUUGCCUUCUGUGGGCUUCACUUCCUCACAGUCUUCUUAUCUUUAAGAGAGACAGUUUAAGAGGGGUUUCACAGUUUAAUUUCCUAAAAAACAGCCUCCUGUGUGUUAGCGUUUUAUUUAUAAAACAUUGACCCCUCAAACAGCUCCGUUGUGUUUAAUCUGCUCGAUGUGAAAUGAAUGGUUUACUCAGUGAUUUGAGGGUUAUUGUUUUAUAAUAUAAAGCCUCGCACACAAGCAACUUCUCAACCUCUCAUACUCCUGAUCCUUAAAGGAAUACUUCACCCACAAAAUAUCACACAAUUUAAGUCAAAUCACCCUAAAAGAAAAUUGUGUUUUUAUGCCUUCAAAGUGAAUACAAAAAUGAAAAACGGACACUUAUACGGUAUAAUCCAAGUUUAAUUAACUCGUUUAUGCACACUACUCCACAAACGCAUGACUUUUACUUUAAAAUGCUCUAUUUAAAACACUUUUGUGCAAGAAAAUUGUAGUAAAUGGUGCAUUUGUUUGUAAAUAGUAAUGAAUUAGUCUUCAUACGACUGGAUACAUGUUGUGUGAGUUUGUAAAUGGAUGAUUUAAUAUAUUUUUGCUUCCCAUAUUUAAUUAAAAGUACCUCUUCAGAAUUUUUCUCCAUUUUCUGACAAACUUCAAACUAAAACAGGAUGAAUAUUUGCUAAAGGAAUUAUUAUUUUGUGGGUUAAGAACUCCUUUUACACCUGUCCCUCAUGGUCCAUUAGGAAAUCUAUUCAUUAUCACUCGUUAUAAUGAAUCGCGGAAAACCAAAUACAAUGGGGAAAUAGCCAAAACUGCAAAGAAAUCCACGUUAACUCAAUUUUUUUUUAUCUAGCACAGGGAAUUUUCGGGGCUCCGUUGUAGAAAUAUGCUAGUUUUUCUUAUUUUGGUGUGGCAUGUUAGGCUUUUAUCAACAUCUGGGUAAAGGAGGAUACUAGUCACUUUCACUCGAGGGUUUAUCGUUGGGUAAUCCUCUUUAAAUCAACAUCUUGGACAAUAUUUAUCACCAUCAGUGAAUUGGGGUUUUUGAACGAGACCUGACGUUUUCUCGGCACUUCGUAAACGUGUUCUGAGGAGAAAUGAACACACCUUUUAUUUUUUUAAGGAUACACAGUUUGGGGGGUAUCUGGAAACCAUGAUACAUGACUGACUGACAUUAAAAAGAACAAAUAUCUCACCGUGUUUUUCGCGCAUGCAAUCAGGUUUGAAGGAGUGAAUGUGACGUGUUUAGUUAGUAGAUAUUCUGUAGACUUCAUGAUCACACGACUGCUGUCCACAUUACACCUUUCUUUGGAUUUUCUAACCUACCAUGACCUCCUCUGACCGGUGUUCACUGUAUUUGCACAGAUUCGGUGCGUUUGAAAUGUCAUUAAGCAAUACGCUCUGAGAAAAAAUGGCGUGUCCAGGUAAAUCCACCCUAACGCCAUUAUUGUUAUUAUUUUGAUUUCCAUUUUGUGUCAAUGCAAUGUAUAUUGGACUUGAUGCUCAAUAAAGUGUGUAAACAGAGA